AUAGCCCUUGGGAAAAGCAUCGCUUGCUCAGAGAUGAGCGACGAAACCUCGGAGAGUUUCCAUGUCCCAAUCUCUUGUCCGUUCACGAUUGAGCAGAUCCAGACCAGCGGCCUGACAAACUCGAAGACGUAUCUGAUCCGAGAGCAUGAUCGGUACGGCGAAUUCCCGCACAUAUACGCGAAGAUCUGCGGCACUCCAUCAUCUGCAACGCCGAGCAGGAAUACUAGUCCAAGGCACGGCAAGACUUGUCGAGUACCUGGAGUUGCAACGCAGGAUGGGUGGGAAGGACAUCAAGUCAUUGUCCUGAGCGACACUGGUUGCGGGACUGAGGUACCCAGUUCAAGUUCUCAUCCGUCUCCUCCAGCGCGGGGGAAAGACGUGCAAGACCACUCCUACAUGCGUGCUGAACCUGAGGUCUGGAACAUCGGCACAUUUCUCGAAUACACGAUCAACCCUGGCGGAAGGAUAGCCUACCUCGUCAUGACCACGCAUUGCCACUACGAUCAUAUCAUGGGCAUCGGGAAACUGCCUCCGACCUCGACGGAACACGAGGAGAGCAGAGACCAAGUCCAGGGCAAUUUCCUGUCUGAUGGGUCCGCCGCGCGCCCUGCGACGACGGUCCUAUCGUCCUCGUAUGGCAAGUCGUUCAUCACACCCUACUCCAACCUCCAGAACCAUAGCCUGUGCGACAAACUCGACCUCCAAGCCCCGCGAUACGACGUGGGAAUCUGGGCCAAGGACGUAUCCCGCGUCGUCUAUACGCAUCCGACCACCUCGUCUUCGUUUUCCACAGAGACCUCUCCGCGGCCGCUGCCUGCCAGCAUUGCGACGCCUCUGACAAUCCUCCAUACGCCAGGGCACACCCCCGACUCUCUUUCAUGGUACGACUCCGACCUCCGGCUCCUAUGUGUCGGGGACAGCUUCUACGUCAAGGAGACGCCGGCCACGCGGAAUGCCAAGUGGGGUCCGGAACCGCCGAUGCCGGUCAUUUUCGACCUGGAGAGUGAUUUGGGACAGUGGUGGAGGAGUCUGAAGAAGGUGUUGGACUUUGUCCGGGAGAGGAAUGCCGAGAGUGAGGAAGAGGAGGGCCUUGAGGAUGAGAGGUUGAGAAUGGGAACAGAGGCAGAUGGCGAGGCUGACGCUGACGCAGAGGGUGACGAGGGGUUCGUAUAUAUCGACCCCAACGAGGCGGCGUCCGUCCCUUCGACGAGCGGAGUGGAUGUGGAUUCCAAAAGGAGAGCGCAACCCGCCCUGCAAUCUCAGUCUGUGGCAGCGUUGCCAGAGCAAGCUAAGGCGAAGGCGGCGCCCAAGAGAAUUGUCACAGGAAAACAGGAAACGCCACGAGCACAGGCGCAACAGACGGGCUUCGACAUCCCUUCACCCAGCAAACGCGGCGUCAUUGCGUUGCCGAUCCUGGCAACACCGAGGGGCCGCCUCCCCACGGAUCCAGACCAGGCUGACGACGUGUGGAUGAUGGUCGUCGACCCGGUUGCUCGGCCCCGUCCUCAACGCACUCCGGACCAUCCUGUCCGCCCGCGUCUGGAUCCCGUCAUAACACCACGUCGCGUCCAUCCGGGCCCGCCGACUUCGUUCAGAAGGGACAGAAAUCUCCUCGCUCCUCCUCUCCACUGCCCGCCGAUUCAAGCUCAAAUCCAACCUGAAGGCCACGCGGGCAGGCGUCGUCGUCCCCGCGUCCGCCUCUGCGCCGCGCACACCACGCUCUCCGUCGACGCGGAGCGAGCCAUCCUCUCCAUCCAGCGCUUCAUGGCGAGGAUCCUCGAGAACGACGUGCCCUGCAGACGCGCCGAGGACGGGCCCCGCGGCGAGGAACGCUGGAUAUGGGACGACGCGCUCUCUUCUUCUCUCGCGUACGCCGCCGCGCAGUCAGACACGGGCGGGACGGUGAAGCAUCAGCGCGAUGCUAGCGUUCGUGGGGUGGUUCGAGAUCUAGAACGCGCGGAUCCAGGACACGCACAUGGCCAGCGACACGGGAUUGAGCUGGAUGGGAAUGCGCCCUCUGCGCCGAACACGGGCAGGUCCAGACACAGUUGCAGUUACAGUGUCCUCGCGCCGCUGAGCGUCAUCAAGCAAGGCCGCAGGAGCAUUCUCGGCCGCCCGGCCGGGGUGGUCUAGAACCGUUCUCGUCCUCCCGUGCAAACCAUCUGGAUACCCUGGUAGCUACAUAGUCAGUGAGUCAGGUAGCAGAGAACGACGAGACUCGAGGUAGACACUGUUAUU